CUUGAUCUUUGCACUAUUUAUCUAAUCAGGAAGUUUUCCGGAGGUCUAACUAGAUUUUUUUGUUUCCUUUCAGCACGUAGGGUACCUGUGCCUGACGAGAGAUUCGAUUAUCUCUGCGAGUUCCAUAAACCUGCUAGCAAAGUCCCAGCAUUCUUGAACGUGGUGGAUAUUGCCGGGCUGGUGCGAGGGGCUGCCGAAGGACAAGGGUUGGGCAACGCGUUCUUAUCCCACAUCAAGGCUUGCGAUGCUAUUUUCAAUUUAUGUCGUGCAUUCGACGACGAGGAUGUAAUCCACGUGGAUGGAGACGUGAACCCAGUUAGGGAUCUGGAGACCAUCGGCGAGGAGUUGCGGCUGAAGGAUGAGGAGCAGCUCAUGCAGAACUUUGAGAAGCUCGACCGCGUCGUCAACCGCGGAGGCGAUAAGAAACUCAAGCCUGAAUAUGAUGCACUUACGAAGAUAAAGUCUAUUUUGGUUGACGAGAAAAAACACAUUAGAUUCGCAGACUGGAGCGCCGCUGAUAUAGAAGUCCUGAACAAAUACUUGUUUUUGACAUCCAAGCCCGCCCUGUAUUUAGUGAACUUAUCUGAAAAAGACUACAUUCGGAAGAAGAACAAAUGGUUACCCAAACUCAAAGAAUGGAUUGAUAAGAAUGAUCCUGGCGCUCCCUUAAUUCCAUUCUCUGGAGUUUUAGAAAGCAAACUAAUGGAAAUGGAUCCGGAGGAAAAAAAAGCGUACUUGAAAGAACACAACAUUACAAGCGCGUUAGAUAAAAUUAUCGUCCAAGGAUACAAAGCACUGCAGUUAGAAUACUUCUUCACUGCUGGUCCCGAUGAAGUGAAGGCCUGGACUAUUCAGAAAGGAACGAAGGCGCCGCAAGCCGCUGGCAGGAUCCACACUGACUUCGAGAAGGGCUUCAUCAUGGCUGAAGUGAUGCACUUCAAGGACUUCAGAGAGGAAGGCACCGAGGCCGCCUGCAAGGCCGCCGGCAAAUAUCGCCAACAAGGUAAUUAUUUACUUGAUUCUCACUGA